GCUGCGGGGGUCUGGGAAGGACUAAGUCGCUCGCCGCUGCCGGGAGCGCACUCGCGGCUCCUGAAGUGUUGCCGCCUCGCAGUUCCUCGCUCGCCGCGCUCCUAGAAGGGGCGGCCGCCUCCAGGUGACACAGACGGGACUCUCGCUUGCGCUUUCCAGAUGCAUCAGAGAUACUUUUGGACCGACCAGGGCCCAGUGGCGUUCGGCGGGCACUUCAUGGCGGAAGGCGAAGGGUACUUUGCCAUGGCUGAGGACGAGCUGGCCGGCGGCCCUUACAUCCCCCUGGCCGGAGACUUUAGCGGCGGCGACUUCGGCGGCGGCGGCGGCGGCGGCGGGCACUGCUUGGACUAUUGCGAAAGCCCCACGGCGCACUGCAACGUGCUGAACUGGGAGCAAGUGCAGCGGCUGGACGGCAUCCUGAGCGAGACCAUCCCGAUCCACGGGCGCGGCAACUUCCCCACGCUCGAGCUGCAGCCCAGCCUGAUCGUGAAGGUGGUGCGGCGGCGCCUGGCCGAGAAGCGCAUCGGCGUCCGCGACGUGCGCCUCAACGGCUCGGCCGCCAGCCACGUCCUGCACCAGGACAGCGGCCUGGGCUACAAGGAUCUGGACCUCAUCUUCUGCGCCGACCUGCGCGGGGAAGAGGAGUUUCAGACUGUGAAGGACGUCGUGCUGGACUGCCUGUUGGACUUCUUACCCGAAGGGGUGAACAAAGAGAAGAUCACACCACUCACACUCAAGGAAGCUUAUGUGCAGAAAAUGGUUAAAGUGUGCAAUGACUCUGACCGAUGGAGUCUUAUAUCCCUGUCAAACAACAGUGGCAAAAAUGUGGAACUGAAAUUUGUGGAUUCCCUCCGGAGGCAGUUUGAAUUUAGUGUAGAUUCUUUUCAAAUCAAAUUAGACUCUCUUCUCCUCUUUUACGAAUGUUCAGAGAACCCAAUGACUGAAACGUUUCACCCCACAAUAAUCGGGGAGAGCGUCUAUGGCGAUUUCCACGAAGCCUUUGAUCACCUUUGUAACAAGAUCAUUGCCACCCGGAACCCGGAGGAAAUCAGAGGGGGAGGCCUGCUUAAGUACUGCAACCUCUUAGUGAGGGGCUUUAGGCCCGCCUCUGAUGAGAUCAAGACCCUUCAGAGGUAUAUGUGUUCUAGAUUUUUCAUCGAUUUCUCAGACAUUGGAGAGCAGCAGAGAAAACUGGAGUCCUAUUUGCAGAACCACUUCGUGGGCUUGGAAGACCGCAAGUAUGACUAUCUCAUGACCCUUCAUGGAGUGGUGAAUGAGAGUACCGUGUGCCUGAUGGGACAUGAAAGAAGACAGACUUUAAACCUGAUCACAAUGCUGGCUAUCCGGGUGCUAGCUGACCAAAAUGUCAUCCCUAACGUGGCUAAUGUCACUUGCUAUUACCAGCCAGCCCCGUAUGUAGCAGAUGCCAACUUUAGCAAUUACUACAUUGCACAGGUCCAGCCAGUGUUCACAUGCCAGCAACAGACAUACUCUACUUGGCUACCUUGCAAUUAGGAAUCAUUUAAAAGUGUCCUGUGGGGAAGCCAUUUCAGACAAGAUAGGAAAAAAAAAAAAAAAAAAGAAAAAGGCUGAGUGACCGAGCCAUGAUUAGGGAUAUGUUUUGUGCAAUGAUGAUCUGCUCCUGGUUUUAAACUUGGCAAAGCUUGUGGAUCUUUUCCUAGGUAUGGGAGCAUGAUCUCAAAAUAACCCGCCCCACCACCACCGCCAACCUUCCCUCAUUCUCCUACCCAACUGGAUUCUGUCCUGAAACAAAAGAGACCUGUCAUUAAAAACAACCAGGUUCUCCUAAAAUAACAAGAGAAAAAAAGCUUGAUGACAAUAUGGGUUUGCAGUACCUGCUCCCAUAGCUUUGCCAUAGGAAAAAAAGACAAGUGGAGAGUUUCUUAUAAGACGGAAUUCACAAAAGGGAAAAUACAGAGGAAAAAAGGGUCUCACUCCAACGAAAUUAUCAAUUCAGGAGUUCAGAUAGUAACAACUGUACAGGAGGAAGGGGGACUCCAACAUUGGGAUUACUAUCUGAGGCUUGUAGCAAGUGCUUUCUGUGGAACUCUCCCAUUGCGCUAAUAGAAAUGGCUUGCUCUGAAUGAGCAGUAGUAGGGUGCAAUUCUCAUAACAAACAGCAGAACUUAUGAUGACACAAUCCAUUAUUUCCAGCUGCGUGCAUAGCUCGCAUUUUUUAAAUGUGAAAAUGCAAGCAAAAACAGCUGUAGCAAAGAAAGUAUGCUCAAGGACCAAAGAUUUAACAGAUAAAAAUACCCAAGUAGAAAAGAAAUAGAAUAUAUAAAGAGUUACUAUAUUUGUUACACACCAAUAUACAUCAAAGUGCCUGUUGCCUUCUGAAAAUUUGAAGUGGAGAAAUUUUAUGGUUUAAUGACUAUUUUAUCAGGGACUCAAGAAGAAAAUAAAACAACACAUAAGCUUGUGAAUGGUGGAGGAGAUGCCCUAUUUUUUCUUGACAAAUACUUGUAUAAAAUUAACCUUGUUGGUGUGAUAUUAUCCUAGGUACAUGUGUAUGUGUGUGUAUAUUAUGUGUAUAUAUAUACAUAUUUGUGAUAUGUGUAUAUACACACAAUACAUUGAUUAUGGUCUAGAAAAAUGUAGCAUAUAGGAAAUGUUUAAAUACUGUGUGCUUUUAUGUUUUCAACAGGAUGACAUGAGACGUGGGCAUAUUGCAGUGAUGAAUUAAAACCCACAUCUAAAAAAAUUAAAGCGAAUGAAGGAGGAAAACAAUUAAUAUAUUUGAUAGGAAGAGCAGAGAUUAUACAUUUUU